AUGCACUUUAAGAAGAGCAACAAAGCUACGCAAAAACUGGUAGAAAUUCAGGAAAAUUUAAAUUUCAAUACUCUAAAAUUAAAACAAGACUCUAUAACAAGGUGGAACUCCACUUACGACAUGUUGGAACGUUUUUUCAAAAACAAAGUUCCCUUAGUAUCAUGCAUUGCUAAACGAAAAACGAUCUAUCCUGCAUUAAGCACUUUUGCACAGAAGUAUUUAAGUGUGCCAGCUACAUCAGUUCCUUGCGAACGAAUUUUCUCAAAGGCUGGUCAAAUAAUGACAGAACGGAGAAGACGUCAACUUAUGGAUGAUAAUAUCUACAAAGACCCGUAA